AUUUUUGUAUUUCAUCAGCCUUCAAGUAAUAUAUUUCUACAUAAAAUAAUUAUAUUACACAUUGCAAAUGUGAAGUCAUAUUUAUGAAAUAAUAAACAGUGAGUCAUAGGUAACGGCCACGUCAGUUAACAAUAUAGCCGCUCUAAAUUGUAAUAGAUAACAUUAACAUUUAGUUAAUUCCUGGCAGCGAGAACAUAAAAAGGUUUAACUUUCAAGAGCGGAACAGAAAACGUAUAACAAAACAUCAUGUCUGGAUAUCCUUAUGGAAACCCACAAUUUCCUCAGCAACCAAAUGCAAUAUAUCCUCAAAUAUAUAAUCCUUCAUCUGCUCCACCCCCUGGUCCUCAAGGACAACCCAUGAUGCCAGGCUACCCAUACCAGCCAGGAUUUGCAGUUUAUCCAGGUCAAGGAGUUGGACAGCAAGGACUGCCUCCAUCAGCUAUGUCAUAUCCAAAUGUUGCUCCAACUGCACCAGCUUUUGGCUACCCGGGCUUUCCAAAUGUUACGCCACAACAACCAUGGUCUGUUGUUGAAUGGAUACCUGCGACACCACAGACCGCCCAUUCUCUAAGCAACAAAGUAGUGGUUGCUGGCUAUGAAGGGCAUGACCACAGUCCUCUUUGGGUUAUUCGGGCAAGAAUUCAGGGAGAUCUUGUACCUGGAAAGCUUGCUAUUAAGCAUGGUGCUGCAUAUGUACCUUGGAACGGACAAGAAAAUCCUGUGCAGAACUUUGAGGUAUGCUGUGCUCCGGCAGACAAGGUUCGUUGGAUUGAAUGUCGAGAUGGUAUAGUGCCACCUAACGCUAUUGCUUCUGGUAAUACAGCUGCAGGAGAGCCGCUGUAUGUCGGCAGGGCUAGGGAGCAAGGCUCACUUACUCCUGGAAAGGUCCACCCGAGCCACAAGGUGCUGUACAUAUCCUUUGGCGGCAAAGAAAUUGGUCACAAAGUUUAUGAAAUACUUUGUACAGUGUGAAGAUUUAUAUUCACUUUAAAUGUAACAAAAACCCUGAGGUUCGAAGAAAUUCUUUCCCUUAAAUUAUUCACAUGCAAAAAAAAUUCUCAUAUUGUCCCAUCAAGUAAGAAAAUGUUUUAGUGAAAUUGAAAAAUGCUGGUUAAAGAUGAUUAUUUCUCUAAAAUGUUAUUACAUUUCCUAAAGAUUUUCAAAUUUUCAUUCAAUAACAAUUCCGGUGAUAAGCAAAAUUUACAUAUGAAAAACUUAAUUAAUUAUAAAUAAUAUAACAAUUUUUUUUGUACCGUAGAUAGACGUAGACUUAAGUGUUGCCAAAUUGUAUUAAUAUAUAUUUUUUCUUAUUUACCUUACAGGGUUUUUGUUUAUAAUGUUUUAAAGCCUGCUCGAGAACGCCAAUAGCAUAUUUUUUUGUUGAAUGUUUCGCAUAGACGGUUUUCAUAGACAUUGUUUUUUCUAAUUAGAUUUCAGCCCUAGAAGUAGUUUCGUUCUCGCUAAAAGCGUUUAUAUUCAAUAUGUUAUCUCGAAUAAUAUAAGGAUAAUUUUAAGAAUGCCUGAAGAAUGUUGCAGAGACUGUUUAAUAAGUAUUAGUUUUAUAUUUUGGGAACUAUGAAUUAAAUUUUAAUAAUA